AUGAAGUUCUUCGCCGCCACUGUCACCGCCUUCCUCGCCUCCGCCGCUCUCUCCAGCGCCGCUCCUGCCCCUGACACCGUCCUUCCCGAGUCCCCCGAUCUCGACCGGCUGCACACCUACUUUCAGGAGGCCCUCGACAAGGUAGAGGCCGCCCAGGCUGCCGAGGCCGAGGUUGAGAAGCGCCAGCCCGGCGGUACCACCUGCACCUUCCUAGGCGAUCAGGCUUGCUACGCCUCGUGCAUCUUCCAGACUGGUUGCGGCGGUUACUGCGCCAGCAACAACAUCUGCACCUGCUACAACUGCUAA